AUGCAAAAACAAAUUAAUACUGUCGUUCUUGGCAACUUUUUUAGUAUUACCAGAGAUGUAACAGAUUAUACAUUAACGCUGCUAUUCUGUGUGAUAAAAAAAAGUUAUCUUUCACGGUGGAUUUCUUAUUUUCCCGACAAGUAAAUAGUUUUGUUAUGAUAUACGUAAGUGUAAUUUACUUUGUACAUAGUUUUUUCUACGUGCUUGUCACGCUUUUUUUUAUAAUUAAAAUUCAUAAAUUUUUUCUUCGUCGUUUUUUACAGAGAGAAAAAUGUCUGAAGUUAAAGAGGAGAAAAGACAAUAUGAGAGCGGCUUUGAAAAUGUUGCUCGAAAAGAAAAUUACUAUAAGGCGCUCAAGCUUUCCACGUUUAUAUUUGUCAUCAAAAUGACUACGAAAAGCGAGGAUCACCGUUCAUCAAAAUGUAACGAAAAUGAGAAAGUGGAAACGAUAUUACUGCAAAAUGCCCUAGAUCAGAACGGUUAA